AUGACGGACUCGGCUACGGCAGCUACGAACGCCGCGACAGGCUUCUCUUUAAAGCCUCCUCAGCCAUUUACGUUUGAUCAAGCCUCCGAGUGGCCUGCAUGGAUCCUCGAGUUCGACGACUACCGCUUUGCAUCGGGUCUCGUCCAUCAAGAGCGUGAAAUGCAGGUGCGAACUCUGCUCUACGUAAUGGGUCGCCAAGGGAGACAAAUUUUCAACACGUUCUCGCUCUCCACGGAAGACAGCAAAAACUUUGACCUUGUCAAGGCGAAGUUUGACUCGCACUUCGUCCAAGCGAGAAACGUCGUGUACGAGUCAGCGUGCUUCAAUCGGCGGGAACAAGAGCCCUCCGAGACCGUCGACCAAUACGUCACCGCCCUAUACAACAUGGCAGACAGGUGCGACUACGGUGACUUGCGGGAUCGCCUCAUCCGCGACCGCUUCGUACUUGGACUCCGCGACAAGAAGCUCUGCGAAGCCCUACAGAUGGACGCUAACCUCACACUCGCCAUGGCGCUCGCUAAGGCACGCCAAAAGGAGUCCGUGCACAAGCAGCAGCAGCAGCUCCUUCAGGCCUCCGGGGAAACGUCCUCUUUCAAGUCAGAGUACACCGGUCUCGACGCCGUCUCCCACAAGCAUCGCGGCAAAGGCAAGAACCUACCGCGACCGCAUAACAACGCCACGAAAUCAAAUAGUCAAUCGUGUGGUUACUGCGGUGGAGCGCCUCAUUCUCGUUCUCUGUGCCCAGCAAAGACUGAGAAGUGCUCAAAGUGCAACACAAGGGGACAUUUCGCUCGUGUUUGCAGAAAAGUUCCGUCAAGAGACAUCUCAACGCUCGAGCAAGGAACCUCAGCGAUGUUUCUUGGGGCGGUAAACCAACAAGCCGACGCUCAGCACGACUCAAGGCUUCUCGAAGUCGACCUGAACGGCUAUUCACUGAUCGCAAAGAUCGACACCGGUGCCCAAGUUUCUGUUGUCCCGGCUACGUUUGCUGGAAUUCCUGAAAAUCUCCAGCCAGCAAGCGAAACCCUCUCGGGACCGAGCGGCAGGGCACUUCGGGUCGUCGGGAAAUUUGACGCAACGAUCACGUGGAGGUCGCGAAGGUCGAACCAAGUCGUCUACGUUGUGCAGCAGCUGAAGUAUCCACUCCUUGGAUUACCUGCCAUCGAAAGCUUGGGAUUAGUCAAGUUUCUGUGUGCCACGGAACGCGUUGAGGAACGAUAUCCCGAACUUUUCAACGGUCUGGGUCUGCUGCCGGGUGCGUACACAAUUCGCCUCAAUCCCGCGGCUGUGCCGUAUUGCGUGGCAAGGCGCAUUCCUGUGCCCCUACGGAAAGCAGUCGAGCAGGAGAUCAUCAGCAUGCAACAACAAGGAGUGAUCCGCCCUGUAGAAAGCCCUACGGACUGGUGCGCCGGAAUUGUUCCGGUAGUGAAACCCUCAGGAGGUGUCCGAAUAUGCGUGGACUUCACCCGCCUCAACUCUUCAGUCCUCAGGGAAAAAUUUCCCCUCCCGUCAGUGAAGAGAGGGAAAUGUGGCAGGGCGCCUCGCCUACUGUAA